AUGAGCUCCCAGUCGGCUCAGCGCGCCUUCCAGCUCCGAGUCAACCCGAUCACUGGAAACUCCGAGUGGGUCGUCAUUGAAGAAGACGAACCAGAAGAACAGACUUUCAACGGCGGUUCCCAAAAUGCCCUUCUUGUCACGACGUCAUAUCUUGACAUGCUCAACGACUCCCAUAGAAACAGAGCCUUCCGUGAAGCCAUAGACAAGACCAUUUCCACUCCUUGCCAUGUUCUCGAUAUCGGUUCUGGAACUGGGUUGCUAUCGAUGAUGGCGGCACGGGCGAUGGGCUCGAUGACAUGUCGGAUGGUGACUGCCUGCGAGUCUUACCUUCCAAUGGUGAAGUUAAUGAAGAAAGUGGUGCGCUUGAACGGCAUGGAAAACCAAAUAAAGCUUAUCAACAAGCGUUCUGAUGAGCUCAAACGCGGAAUUGAUAUCACUUCUCCUGCUCAAGUUCUGGUUAGUGAGAUACUGGAUUCUGAGUUGCUGGGUGAAGGGCUUAUUCCGAGUCUACAACAUGCUCAUGACAUGUUGUUGGUGGAAAAUCCCGAAACGGUGCCAUAUAAGGCCACCACCUAUGGCCAGCUUGUUGAAAGCACAUUUUUGUGGAAGCUUCAUGAUUUACAUGGCAAUGAGGCAAAAGCGUCUGAUGGGAUUCUUCUUGUUCCAACUGGGUUGGAUAAUAUUCUAGGUGUUAAGCCGCAGCAGUAUGCCUUUCAUUGUGAUGCAAUAGGAAAAGAAGUGAAACUGCUGUCCGAACCCUUCAAAAUUUUUGAGUUUGAUUUUUGGAAACGGCCAGACAGUCAUGGGGAAACAGAAGUACAUGUGAAGUGGAUACUUCAGCUUGAUCGUGAAGGGACAAUCUUUUAUUCCACUGCUCCUAGGUGGAUAAGUUUGCCAGGCAACACAAGUCAUGGAGAUUGGUGUGACCAUUGGAAACAGUGUGUUUGGUUUGUUCCUGGUGAAGGUAUGUCCAUAACGAAAGAUGAAGAGGUUUGUUUACAUGCUGUUCAUACAGAUAUUAGCAUCUCAUAUAAUCUCAAGAACCAAGCGUCAAGAAAUGAGAUUAUGCAGUAUGGCUUCAAAAAUGGGGAUUUCAAGCUCAUACUACCACCAGAAAGAAUUGCAAUUUAUGGAGACAGUGAAUGGAGGCAUACCAUGUUUAGUGCCAUAAGUAAUUCUUUACAGGGAAGAGUUGAUCCAUUAUGCAUUGUUGCAGAUGACAGCAUCUUCUUGACACUCCUUGUUGCACAUCUUUCUAAAACAUCACAUGUGAUGUCAUUUUUUCCGGGGUUGCAAGACAAGGGUUUCCAAUAUUUGCAAGCUGUUGCCAAUUCAAAUGGUUUCUCAAUUGAUCGUGUAGAAUUUCUUAAUAAGAGGAAAACAAAAUUGACCAUGCAUGACACACACCAGAAAAAGGUUGACCUGCUGAUUGGAGAACCUUUCUACUAUGGAAUGGAUGGCAUGCUUCCAUGGCAGAACCUACGCUUUUGGAACGAACGGACAAUGCUUGACUCUGUCCUAUCCCAAGAUGCAUUGAUACUGCCGUGUAAGGCGAUAUUAAAGGCUUGUGCGUUAUCUGUCCCUGAUCUUUGGAAUAGUCGUUGCUGCUUGAGUAAGAUUGAAGGUUUUGAUCAUUCAGUUGUAAAUUCUACCUUAGGAGCAUGCGGUGAAUUACCUGCAGAGCAAGAGUGUCCUUGUCUUCCCUAUUUUAUAUGGCAGUGUGGAAAUGUUAAGAAACUGAGUGAAGCAUUUACGGUCAUGGAGUUUGAUUGCUCAAAACCUAUAACAUCAUCUUGUGGAAAAACCCAGGUUGAAUUUACUGAGCCUGGGAUAUGCCAUGGCUUUGCACUAUGGAUUGAUUGGGUGAUGGAUUCAGAGAACUCCCUUGUUGUGUCUACAGGGCCAGAGAAGAGAUAUUGGAAGCAAGGAGUAAAGCUUCUGGCUGAGCCUGUGGCAGUUAGAACUAAUGAAUCGAGAAGUACGGGUGAAUGCCGGUCUGCAGUGAUUCAAGCGUUGUUUGACCCAUCAAGCGGCGACCUCAACGUCAGACAUGCUUUCUCAUAG